CACGCUAAAAUACCAAUGUAGUGGCUGUGUAAAACAAAUAAUAAAACGCAGGCUAUUCUCAUGUCGUAAACCGAUAGAGCCAGUAUGUCGACAGUUUUAACAUAUUCCCUCCGCCACUACACACUACUUUAAGCGUGACGUCAUAUAACACCCGCCGGGAUGAAACUGACGUCAUUCUCGCACCAACACAUGGAAAGUUAAACUGUUCACAGUCCGGCGACAUCUCAUGGUGUGAUCGCAUCGAUGUUGGCCGCGGUGACGCCCCAAGUGAUGCUACAUGGCGACGUUGACAGAGUCCACGGGAUGAUGCUAAUGAUCGUCAGCCUGCUUGUCGCUCAGGGAAACUUCGGGCGCGGUGUAAAGCCCGUGCCAAACAAGACAAUAAAACUAGUUGAAAAAAUCCGUCGUCAGCUCAUGGAGGACAACUACGACUAUCUUCCUAGUGAGGAGGACCUGUUCCCUCCCGCCCACCACUACGACCACGACGUGCCAAACGAUCCUCUGUACGUGGACAAUGACACCCUGGCCGGCUCUGCGGAGCGGCAGGCCAGGCCACACCUCUUCAAACCCAGGGCGAAAGAAUCCAAAGAAGAAUCCAAGAAGUUCGACCACGUCGUGUCCAAGAACGACCUGCUGUACUACAUGGAUGAUGACCGUCUUCGGGAGGCGGCGCUGAACACCUUGGAAGACGUCUCGGGAGACCUCAAAGCUUCUAAUGAUACUGGUCCAAAGACGAAGUACAAAGUUUUAAAGGUAAAGAGCCUGCACCCGAACCGUCGCAGCCUGUCCCAGGGGCGCUUCAUCCAGGAGGAGAGUCCCGCGGGCGUGGCGCUCAUCAGCCUGGACGGCCGCCCCUUCCCCGACUUCCAUCUGCCGCGCUCGCGUCGCCAGUACAUGCCGGCUCGCGACUCGGCCGAUAUCAGCGAAGACUCGGGGGAGAAUAACACGCUGUUUGGGUUCAGAUAGGCGUAGGGAAUACAUUAUUUAUUACUAAUAUGA